UAUGAUUAUUCAAAUAAUUAAAUUUGAGGUCAUAUAACUAAAUAAAGUAUCUAUUUUGUUUUAAUAAAAACUGCACAGGUAUUAUGCUAGCAUUGCUAAAAAUACUCUGUCAAAAUGAUAUUUGAAGCAAAGGCUUCAUUAACCACUUUUGUUGCAUGCUUAUUAUGGAGUGUGCUGUAUAUCCCACGUAGCACAAAUGGACAUUUCAUUGCAACAUGUAUUUAUUUUUUUCUGCUGAUAUCUUCUCAUCUCUACGUUAUCAUAUUUGUUUUGAAGAGUAACUUUUCGAUAUUCUGGCGAUCAUAUGGAAUUGGCGGAGUUUUUCUACUUGGGCUUGCAUUAAUUUUUCAUGGACCACAGCAAUUUCUGGCAUUCGGACUGUAUCUAUGCAUUGUUGCAUUUUUUCACAUCUCGGAAUAUCUUGCCACUGCUCUAUUCAAUCCAUCAACUCUAACAUUAGAUUCAUUUUUAAUCAACCACAGUUUCGCAUACAACUUAGCACAUCUACUUUGUGUCAUUGAAUAUGUAGCCUGGUGCUGGCUUUAUCCAUCCAUCAAACUUUGUACUUCAAUUCAAAUACUUGGAAUCGGUUUAUGCUUGUUUGGUGAAAUAUUUCGUAAAGCAGCUAUGUAUACUGCAGGAAUAAAUUUUACACACCUGAUUCAGUAUCAAAAAAGAAGAGAACAUGAACUUGUUACUUCUGGGAUUUAUUCUAUAUGCCGUCAUCCCUCCUAUGCAGGAUGGUUUUGUUGGAGUAUUGCCACGCAGGUUUUGGCUUGCAAUCCAGUUUGCUUCAUUGGAUAUGCAAUUGUAUCAUGGAAAUUCUUCGAUGAAAGAAUCUAUGAAGAGGAAGCAUUGCUUUUGAAUUUCUUCCAGUCAGAUUAUUUGACUUAUCAACAAAAAGUACCCUCAGGGGUUCCCUUUGUAAAAGGUUUUCACUUGAAACCUCAUGAUAGGUGAUAUUAUAUCCAACUUGUUAUAGUUUACAUGAAACGUUCAAUAUUUAACCACUGUUUUUUAUUGUCUUAAUUGGUAUAAGUUUUGAUCAGCUGAAUUUUUUUCACACCGAUUAUAACUCAAAAGUUUUUAAUGAAUUAUUUUUCAUCCAUUCAUUACUGAGUUGUUAUGGUGAUUACUGAUUAUUUAUUGUUAAUUUCAGAACAGUGAUUAGUUUUUUACUGUAUUUAAAAUACCCACUGUAUAUAUCGAAUGUGA